AUGACAAUUGGAGCGGCACUUUUCCCAAAUUCGGGUUAUGGUAACAUUACUCAGUUUAGCAUGAUAUUCUAUAACAUAUACCAUAUUUGUACGCACUAUCGCCGGCAAAUAGCGUCGUUUAUCUAUAAAAAUGUGCGAAUUUACAAAUUUAUAAGAGUUGCUCUGCUUGAAGUGCACAUACGACCGAAUACACUGCAAGUAAAGAGUGAAAAAGCAGUCUCCGCACGCUGCAUGGAUUCAAAGUUCUGUACAGUUACUCACGUGACACGUUAUAAAGCGAAGAUUUGCAUCUUAAAUUACUUUGUCGAGGCUCGAUUAGAUUAGGAAAGUCAUCGAAGGUUCAAGCGAGGUACUUGUAUCCGGGUUGCUCCUUUCCCUUUAACAUGUACAAGGCUUUAGAAAUCCCUCUGCGGUAACUUAGUGCACCAUUGGACACUGUUCAAGGGUGGGCCAAGGCAGUUGAAGCACUGAGCAUCGGGGCUAGGCCGCAUCCAAAGAAAUAAGCUUUCUUUUGAAACCUCACUGACUUCACUGUUGAAGCAUUAGGUUUUCGUUCUACCGUUCCUCGUGUGUUCCUUCUCUUCUCUCUUCUUUCACAAAAUCAUUGUCAUCAACUUAUUUGUGUUCACUGCAGCAAAAAAAAAAAAAAAAAAAGAAGCUUUGCGAGCUGUGGGUACUCCAUUCGGGUGCCAGCUAAAACCACCCGAUGCUGGCACGAAACAAGGGUAAUAGGAGAUUGAAAUAUUUACUGCCUUUAUUUAUAUGAUAUCCAUAUCUAUGCUCAAUGCAGACGACGCGUUUAGUAUUGUUACUUCUAAUUAUUUAUCUUUGGUAUCUUAAGUUUAAGUUUACACACUCUAGUGCAUUGAUGAAAGUCACCCGAUUUCUGAACAAUCUCCCUUAGUAGGUAUGAUUCAAGACGUUUGAGAUCAUCAUCGUCGUGAUUACUGGCCACCUGAUACACUUGUACGAUAGCAACGGAGAAAGAAGAAGACAAAGACCACGGUUGCCGCCGCAGUCGGAUUCGGAAAGAUGGCCAACUUCAGCGAACUGUACCAGGCUUCUCUUCGGCCUCAUCCUACCAACAAGCCCUUACCAGACGAGAGCGGAUUCAUGGACUACGUUUCCCCGCCGCCAGUCAACGGGUACGGUCUCAACUACUACGUGCCUUUCAACUACCCUCCCCCUCCUCAGGGCUACAACAUCCCUUUCUACUGCCCUCCCCCUCCUCUCGUUAGUCUACCUCCUCCACCUCCGAUGCCUCCCACUGCCUUGCUUCGUCCCUACGAUCCUCCACCGUUGGUACGCUACCGUAGGGUUGAAGCCCCGAGCUCAGAUCAGCAGGAGCAGCCCUUGCUGAGCACACUCCUUUACGGCAUGCUAGCGGUGCUCAGCCUGCUCCUCUUCACCCUCGUGGUGGCUUCUCUCGUCGUGGUGGCAGGAAAGCGUUCGCCGAGAAGGGAGCCCUGGACGGAAGUGGACUUGGUCCGCUACCGGACGCUUCCGGUCCGCGAAGUCCACUUCUCCCGGCGUCCCCUAAAGUUUGCCAUCGAGACGCCUGACAACGCAGGGCCAGCGUCCCCCCGCAAGCACAUUGACGAGGGCGACGUCCACAAAUAGUACACGACGCCUGCCAGCGCCUUCGACUCGACCCGAAUGCUGGCGUUUUUCGUCAAUCCUUCUCUUUCUUUUAUAUUUUGUUGGGGGGGCUACUAGUGCUUUAGCGAAAGACAUUCUCUUCGUGAAGUAGAGAACUUGGGAAGAGCCUUUGCUUGUUCCUCCAUGCGGGCUCCACAAGUACGGUAAAAAAUAUAUAUAUAUAGUAAUCGCGGUUCUGUUUGACUCGUGUAUCCUUUCCCAUAAUACUGCUUGUCCUACCA